UCUCAUAAACUCUACCCCGCUCGGCAGCCCCCCAUCCCACAAUAGCCAUCACACCGCCCUCGUAUCUAGGCUCCCGUGGGGUAUCCCGGCGUCGCGCACGCUGCGCCCCUAGACGACCCGAAUGGGCCUCCGCCUCGACUCGUGGCCAGGCGCUCUCGCCGCCUCUCGUUUUCGAUGGACUCAGCGUCCACCCCACUCGCGCCGCUAUGGGGUCAUCUCCCCGCACUCUUCUGAUUGUGUGCUGCGGGAUAACGGCUGGAUAUAUAAGAAGGGCGGAUCGGGGUGGGAGGAUAGGAAGCAGCUGCCUACCUGCCUUACGCCCACUCUCACCGACGCUCAAGCGGACGCUCGAAUACCCUUUGAGCCUCUCGUACCAAGCAGAAUUCAAUCAUCUAUCGAUUUGACAUCGUCCUUCUGUAUCUUCACCAUGGGCCCCAUCUCCACUCGUGUUUGGACUCUCGUCCUCAUCGCCACCGGUGAAGCGAAGCGCGUGCGCGUAUAAUCCACCGCGCCCCCGAUCUCGCAUUGCUCUGACAGCAA